ACUCGCCCGUACGAUAGUAAUUCCUUCCAUAUGCGAAUUCUGGUGCCAAAGCGAGCGAUAACAGAAUUCGAGGGGAAGAAACCGUAGGUUCUCAUUUAUUCACUCUUACUCUCUUCCAAAAAUUCGAAACCGAAUACUACUCUUUGAAUCACAGUGGCUGAGAGCAAUGGCUGCCGAGUUAUUGACGCGGUUUCUGUGCCAAGGCUUCGUUCGUUCGAGUGCCGAACAUGCAAAUGUGCGCUUCCUUUCCCCUUCUCGUCGUCUACUUCCUGCUUCCUGCAAAAUGCGCCAGCGAAGUUUCAGGUCACAGAAUAAGAGACAUGAAGUGAAGAAGGCCUCUUCUGAGCAGCCUCCAACAAGUGAAGAUCUCCCUCCAGGUCCUGAUGAGGACUCUGAAUCUAUAAACUCUUCUGUGGUUUCCCCAAUUUUAGAUCCUGAAACUGGACCUAUAGACGAAUUUGAUGACAAUGUAGAGUUGGAGCAUGGUCAACAUGCCAACGGAAAUAAUUUUGCUGUUGUAGCUGUACUUGAUGAGUCAAAAUCUUUGGAUAUAAAUGUAGAUGGCAGAGAGAAGCUUUCAAGUGUUCACCUUGAGGAUUUAAUUGGCAUGAUUAGGAAUGCUGAGAAAAAUAUUCUUCUUCUCAACAAAGCUCGUGUUCGUGCUCUUGAAGAUCUUGAAAAGAUUCUCACAGAGAAGGAAGCAUUGCAAGAAGAAAUUAAUGUCUUGCAGAUAAGAUUGGCAGAAACAGAUGAAAAAAUUAAAAUUGCUGCCCAAGAAAAGAUUCAUAUGGAAUUGCUGGAAGGCGAAUUGGAGAAACUACAGGAUGAAUUGACUCAAAGGGGUGGUUCUGGAGGAAUUGAGAUGCACGACAAUCAGAGUAAAUAUUCAAUCGAGGAACCCUCUCCUCUGCAUAGUUCUAAUCUCGAUUCUCUCUUUAAGGAGCUUGAUUCUCUGAGGGAAGAGAAUGUGUCCCUGAAGCAUGAUAUUCAAGCUCUUAAAGAGGAGCUCAGUAAUGUUAGGAAUACAGAUGAACGUAUAGAGAUUCUGGAAAAGGAACGCUCAUUUUUGGAGUCUUCCUUGAAAAACUUAGAGUCCAAACUUUCAGUUUCUCAGAAAGAUGUCUCAAAUCUUUCUAAUUUAAAAACAGAAUGCAAGGACCUGUGGAAGAAGGUGGAAGAUUUGCAAGGAUUACUAGAUAAGGCAAACAAGCAGGCAGAUCAGGCUAUUCUGGUGCUACAGCAGAACCAGGAGCUCAGCAGGAAGGUUGACAAAUUGGAAGAAUCUCUUGGAGAAGCUAAUGUCUAUAAGCUGUCAUCAGAAAAACUGCAGCAGUAUAGUGAACUGAUGCAACAAAAGAUAAAACUAUUGGAAGAGCAACUUCAAAAGUCAGAUGAGGAGAUACAUUCGUACGUUCAAUUAUAUCAGGAAUCUGUGCAGGAAUUUCAAGAUACGCUUAAUAGUUUAAAAGAAGAAAGCAAGAAAAGGGCCAUAGAUGAACCUGUCGAUGAUAUGCCUUGGGAAUUUUGGAGCCGUUUACUGCUGCUUAUUGAUGGUUGGUUGCUUGAGAAGAAAAUAUCAAUGGAUGAUGCAAAGCUGUUGAGAGAGAUGAUAUGGAAGAGAGAUGUACGUAUACACGAUGCCUACAUGGCUUGCAAGGAAAAGAAUGAGAGUGAAGCUGUGUCGAUCUUUCUGAGGCUGACAUCAUCGACAGGAAGUCCAGGAUUAUAUGUUACUCAUAUUGCGGCAGAAAUGGCACCAGUGGCUAAGGUUGGCGGUUUGGGAGAUGUUGUGACUGGUCUUGGUAAAGCACUGCAAAAGAGAGGGCACCUUGUGGAGAUAAUUCUUCCCAAAUAUGAUUGCGUGCAAUAUGACCGAAUUCGUGAUUUGAGGGUCCUCAAUGUGGAGGUGGAGUCAUAUUUUGAUGGGAAACUAUUUAAGAAUAAAAUCUGGGUUUGCACUGUGGAAGGUCUUCCUGUGUACUUUAUUGAGCCCCAUCAUCCUGAUGGGUUCUUCUGGAGAGGGCAGUUCUAUGGAGAGCGAGAUGAUUUCAAACGAUUCUCCUAUUUUAGCCGUGCAGCUCUAGAAUUUCUUCUUCAAGCUGGAAAGAAACCUGAUAUAAUUCAUUGCCAUGAUUGGCAGACUGCUUUUGUUGCACCACUUUAUUGGGAUAUAUACGCUCCCAAAGGACUGAAUUCAGCCAGAAUAUGUUUUACGUGUCACAACUUUGAGUACCAAGGGAUUGCGCCUGCUUCAGAAUUGACCUCUUGUGGCCUUGAUGCUCACCAGCUAAAUAGACCAGAUAGAAUGCAGGACAACUCAGCACAUGAUAGGAUCAAUCCUGUUAAGGGUGCAAUUGUGUUCUCUAACAUUGUUACGACAGUGUCGCCCACCUAUGCAGAGGAGGUGAGGACUGCUGAGGGUGGACAUGGUCUCCAUUCAACACUUAAUUUUCACUCUAGAAAGUUUAUGGGGAUUCUAAAUGGAAUUGACACAGAUGCCUGGAAUCCUGCUACUGACACAUUUCUUGAAGCCCAAUACAGUGCUAAUGAUAUUCUAGGGAAAGCAGAAAACAAAAUGGCCUUAAGAAGGCAUCUUGGUCUUUCUUUUGCUGAUCACAGGCGGCCAUUGGUGGGCUGCAUAACAAGGUUGGUGCCGCAGAAAGGAGUACAUCUUAUUAGACAUGCGAUAUAUAGAACACUCGAGCUUGGAGGACAAUUCGUGCUCCUUGGUUCAAGCCCUGUUCCACAUAUUCAGAGGGAGUUCGAGGGUAUUGCGAACCACUUUGAGAAUCAUGAGCAUAUUCAGCUAAUACUGAAAUAUGAUGAGUCUCUUUCCCACAGCAUUUAUGCUGCUUCUGACAUGUUCAUCAUCCCAUCUAUCUUCGAGCCUUGUGGCCUCACACAGAUGAUAGCAAUGAGAUAUGGUUCUAUACCCAUUGCAAGGAAAACAGGUGGUCUAAAUGACAGCGUAUUUGAUGUUGAUGAUGAUACGAUACCUCUCCAGUUUCGAAAUGGAUUUACAUUUGUGAGUCCUGACGAACAGGGAAUUAACGGUGCUUUGGAACGUGCAUUUAACUAUUACAUGAAUAAUAUUGAGGGUUGGCAGCAGCUUGUUCAGAAAGACAUGAGUAUGAAUUUCAGUUGGAAAUCUUCAGCAUCACAGUAUGAGGAUCUUUACUUAAAAUCGGUUUCAAGAGCAAAGACAGCAACUCACAAAUAAGCUUCUCCGGAAUGCUGCUUCAAUUCUUGAGAUACAGGAUACUCCCUGCAAACUGGUCAAGUAGGUUGUGAUUGGAAUGGCUAUUGCAUCCAGGAAAACCGAAAACCUGCCAUUUGAAUUGCCUAAUUUCAUGGAUGUUAUGUCCUACUGGCAGGUCGGAUAAUACAGAUCGGCAGUUCCGCACAGUAUACAUGAUAGGUUCUUUACUUCUUUACUUUUACACAUAUUGUGAAUUCUUUUGUCUCCAAAACAAAAAAAGAAAGGAGAUGCAAUGUAUAAACCUGUAAAGACGGAAUAAUAUAUGUCAAUGCAUGUAGGAAAUUUAUGUGGAUUA